AUGCGGAUAUUUCUAUUAUUUUUAGGUAUUAAGGUAAAGGUUCUUCUUUAAAACUUUCCAUUAAUUUAGUUUCUAGCUAGUUCAAUCGUUCAAUUUCGAUCAAUGUAAUGUAACUCGAUCUUGCUGGUAUCAUCCAGCAAACUGUGAAUCGGAAAACAAUUGUAUAUCUGGUGUAGAAUGGCAAAUGUUGCCGGAGGGCAUAUUCCUGCAAUUUCAGACAAUGAUAAACGAUUUGGAUCAGAGAAGGCCGUUUUACGCAGCAUUGGGAUUCAGUAUGAAUCAGAGGAUGGAUGAUGAUACAGUUGUGGAGUGUGUUGUGCCGCACACCGGCGCUGGGAAGGUUCAGAUUAGUUUUAAUGAUGAGACCUAUAAUCAAGUGCUGAAUCAGGUUAGUUUAUUUUUUUCUGUAGAUACUGUAAAGUCUCAAUUUGAAGCCGUCUUCUGUUUUGCUCACUGAAUCUACCACUUCGUUCAUCGAUGGGAUUGUGACCUGCAGUGCUAAACUUCUACUAGAUAAUCGACAUUUGGUUGAGAACUCUUCGCAAUUUAUGAUUCAUGAUUUAGAGGAGGGAAGUUGGCAUUUACUUUUUGCUCGGGGAAAUGCAGACCAGUACAGUGAGUUUGAAUGAGGCUCAACUAAAAUUGUCCACACCCUUUCAGCUCUCGAAAAAGACAUUCACGGUACCAACGAUGGUCCUCAAUUCCCCUGGAUGACAGAUGAAAAAGUGGAAUUUUGCCGCAACUCAAAUUGCUCUAGCUCGCUAUACAAACUUGACGCGAUGCGUCAAACCCGAAACGUUACGCGUUAUUGGCGAUACCGAAUUGCAGUCUGGCAUGGGAUUCUGCUGAUUUUCUCCUGGUGGGUUUUAAUAUCCACAGGGAUUCUCAUCGCCAGAUAUUUCAAACCACUGUUCCCCAAAAGUAAGCUAUUGGGCACGGCCGUUUGGUUUCAACUACAUCGAAAUAUGAUGGUAUUAUCAGUGAUAAUUCAAGUGAUAUGUGUUUUAUUGAUAUUCUAUCAAGCUAGUUGGAUUUGGUAUCAAUGUUCCUAUAAAUGCACAUCGGAUGAUUUCUCUAAGAAAAUGCACGCAAUCACCGGCUUCUCUGCAACACUUCUAGCCCUUUUUCAACCAAUCUUUGGGUUCCUGCGACCAUCACCAACUUCCUCAAUUCGACCGAUCUUUAAUUGGGCUCACUGGAUUUUGGGAAUGUUUGGAUGGGGCUUGGCAUCAACUACGAUUGUGUUCUCAUUGCAGUUGGGAAAGACUGGAUUGAAUGCGAGGUUUGGACAUGCGCCAAAUUGGAUUGUUAUGGGUUAUAUUUUAUUUUUUAUCGCUUGCAAUUUUAUAUUGGAAAUUAUUACGGUAGCUAAUCGGGGAGAUAAGAUUGGUGAGUUAUUUGCAGAGAGGAGGGGAGGAUCUGACUUACGCUAACUUGCCGCCUUUUAAAAAUCGUACCAUAUCAGAAUUCUUUUCGAUUCCUUUUUAAAUUUCCGAUUUCUAGUAAACAGUGUUACCCUGUUCCUACUAGGUACUUUCAAAAUUAGGCCUGAUCCGUCUGAGUCUUCCAAAAAAUAUCCUCCGGUAUUACCCCGCUUCUAAAAUGUCCUCCAAUUUUCCAGAAGGCAUUCAACCGCAUCGAUUCACAGUCGGACCAAUGGGAAUGUCUUUAGGCAACGUGAACACACCAAUAAUGAAUGCCCCUAUCGAAAUUCCAAAACGAACAAAAGCCCGCGUAACAAUUGUAAUUCUUCAUUUAAUUGUUGCAAUUGGCGUAAAUAUUGCAUUUGCUGUCAUGCUUUUUAAAGCACUCUGGUCACAUAAUCCAUAG